AAAAUGGCGGACAGUGUGCAGGUUGAGGAGCCGCAACGGAGAGCUGUUGGAGGAAUUAUAACAACAGGAAGGAUUCACAAAGGUCAUGGCAAAACAGCUGCAUCGGCCUCUAUCCCCAGCAAAUAUCAGACAAUCGUGAGUGAUAAUUCAGAAAAGAAAGGAUUCCUUUCUAGAUCCAAACGCUUUGAAGGGUUUGAUGUGAGUGUAAACCCAGGUCCUGGGACUUAUGGAGAACUAAAAUCAAGUGAAACUAGAAGCACUUCCUUCUCAAAGAAAGGAUUUGGUGGUUUUGUUUCCAAGGCAAAGCGUUUUCCAAGAGGAGUGCAGAAUACAGGACCAGGCCCAGGUUUUUAUGAUCCUUCAGUACCAAGGGAAAACAAUUUCAACAAAUCUUCUGUUACAAGGAAUUUUCAUCUUCCCAUUGCCCUUGAAAGAGACAACAAAAAAGGACAAUUCCCUGCACCAAAUCAGUACAUGAUUGGUCGCACAACAGGAAGAGUUGUU